ACAGUUUGGUUUUCUAUAUUAUCGAAACAAUAUGUGCAGCCACGUGAAGUCUUCCUGUUCCUUGUUAGUACUGAUCCUGGCAUUGGGAACAAUUGCAGCUCAACCAGCCAGAUCGGCAAAGCAGAUACAGGCAGCGCCUUACCCAUCCGCCCAGGACUUAAAACCUGAGGUCCCCUUCGAAGAAGGAGUGCCCGAUCAGACUUACGGACCCCCCGAUCUGACCUACGGACCCCCGCCCGCCGAUGCAGUGGAGCAGCUGCCCACGGAUGAGGAGCCGCAGGAGUUCACACCCGAUUCGGAUGCAGAGGAAGUUCAGCCCAUCCAGCAGGCUCCCGCUCGUCUGACCAAGCAGAUCAGGAACCGUCCUCAAUCUCAAGGAUUGAUUCUGCUAUCCUCGAGCCCAUUCCGAGUGCUCAAUUCCAAUGGAGUCCCAGUUCCAUUGGCCAUCCAAUCACUGUGGUAGAAACACUAAGAACAGACGUGAUACUGA